AUGGCAGAAAACAAUUCACUGGUUGGUAUUAAGUCCUUGCAGCGGAAAACCAAUAACCAGGUCAUUAUCGUUCAGAUCUUGGUAAUGAUUUUUCUCUGCAUCAACGUGUGGCUCAUUGUAACCUUUUUCAAAAAGGAGUGCUUCUAUACAACUACACGUUACAUCUUAUUUGCUGUUACAUUACUGUCAGAUAGCUUUUUGUUGUUCAUGUCUGAUAUCCUGCUCAUCUUGACCCAUUCUCAUUUUGCCAUUCAGGUGUGGUUGUGUAUCAUUAUCAAUAUUUUUAUAAUUUUGUACUCUGUAGUCACACCAGUUACUUUGAUAGCAAUGACCCUGGAACGCUAUGUGGCCAUUUGUAUGCCCCUGCGUCAUGGAGAGCUCUGCUCCACACGCAGCACUAUGCAUUGUAUCCUCAUCAUUCAUGGCCUCAGCUCUGUACCCUGCAUUGUUAUUCUCUCCACCUUCUUUGCAUCAGCAUCUCUUAGCUUCUACAAGCAAUAUCAGAUAUGUUCAGUGGAGAUUUGUAUAUUUUACAUGUGGCAGCAUCAUCUUAGAUCAGCUUUAUAUCAAUUCCAGUUUUUGAUAAUGUGCAUCAUUGUUAUUUUCUGUUAUGUGAAAAUAAUGAAAGUGGCCAAAGCUGCAUCAGGAGAGGAUAAAAAGUCAACAAAGAAAGGGCUCAGAACAGUGCUUCUUCAUGGUUUUCAGCUGCUGCUUUGUCUUAUCCAGCUGUGGACUCCAUUCAUGGAAGCUGCUGUACUUCAGGUUAAUUUUGAUUUAUUCAUAGAUGUCAGGUACAUUAACUACAUCAUGUUUUAUCUUGCACCAAGAUGUCUGAGUCCUCUCAUUUAUGGACUCAGAGAUGAAGUCUUUUUUCAUGCACUGAAACACUAUGCCUCUUUUGGCUUGUAUAAGAGAAAUAUUAUUUGA